AUGGCGCUUGCUGAAGUUUGCAAACUAAAUUCUUACGUUGAUUUUAAUACCCCGGGUAGAGAAGAUGAUUCUAUGCAAGAAAUUAUGGGAUAUAGUAAAAAUUUUCUAAACAAUAUGCAACUGGCUGUGCCACCAUAUAUAAAUCCAGCAGAAAAAUUGGCACAACUAGCAACAGGAACCGAUGACGCGGGAAAACACAUAAAAAUCAACUUUGAUCAUGGAACUACCACAUUGGGUUUUCAAUACAAAGGUGGAAUCGUCCUUGCUGUCGAUUCACGGGCAACGGGAGGCCAAUUUAUUGGUUCCUCCAAUAUGAAGAAAAUUGUUGAAAUCAAUGAUUAUCUUCUUGGAACUUUAGCUGGCGGUGCUGCAGAUUGUGUUUAUUGGGAUCGUGUCCUAGCAAAACAAUGUCGUAUAUAUGAAUUAAGAAAUAGAGAACGUAUUUCUAUUGCAGCUGCUAGUAAACUGCUAUCAAAUAUGAUAUAUAAUUACAAAGGAAUGGGAUUAAGUAUUGGUAUGAUGCUUGCUGGUUGGGAUAAAAGAGGACCUAGUUUAUACUAUGUUGAUUCAGAAGGUACUCGCACACCAGGAAAGGUUUUUAGCGUAGGAUCAGGAUCAAUUUAUGCCUUUGGUGCUUUAGAUUCUGGUUAUCGUUGGGAUUUAACUGACGAAGAAGCUUAUGAACUUGGUAGGAGAUCAAUUUAUCAUGCCACUCAUAGAGAUGCUUAUUCUGGUGGUAUUGUAAGAGUAUAUCACAUAAAGUCAACUGGCUGGGUGCACAUUUCUGAUGAAGAUUCUAAAGAUCUUCAUUACAUGUAUCAAGAACAGAAAGAAAAAAAACUUAAUUAAUAACUUUUAUGGCUUAUUGUAUCCUGUCAACUGUUUUCUUUAA